CCACUGAUACUUCAACUACAACCAUGUGAGAGUUAACAUAGCCAGGACGCGGCAAGGCAGGGAGUGCUUCGAUCGGCGAGUGACACUCAUGAAGAAGCGCGGUGCAGCCGCUUUCUCCGUGCACUUUCACGCGUUCACUCCUGCAAAAUUACGGCGGCACUCGUGCGUUCUCGAUGCGCGUUGGCCUUUAUCUCCUCGAUCAACGGUAGCUCAGAUCCAGUAUCGCAGCAAGCACAACCGUUACGAACUUCCUACCCUGACCGGACAUUUUACGGCCUACCGUCUCUCGAGCUACAGCAUUCGAGUGAGUACCAAGCCGCCAAGUCUUGGGGCUUUCGCACACAAUCACAGCAUCCUGCCGACCUUGACAACAAUUCUCAAGAUCUUUGUGCAGACAAGGAACCGUAUCGCAGCGUAGAAGCUCAGAAACUUGCAGGCCAGGCUCAACCGCCAGCUGGUACGUCCAGUUUGCCAACGCCGGUAAACUCGACGAUUCAAGCACAACUACACUGGGAUCCAGCCCACUCUGAGGCGGCGGCGAUAUAAGCUCACAAGUUGCUAGCUGGCAAGCAGCUGUCGAAGGACGCGAGCU